AUGAGACUCUUUCGAGUAAUUUCUACUUAGCUGUGUCUAUCCUUUCAACUAUUGGAUUCUCUUAUUUUCCCUGAGUAUAUUUCUCGUCCGGUGUACCUUUAUAGCGUCUGCACCGAUAUGGAUUGCCUUGGCGAGGAUUCUCCGCAGCAACUUGGACUCUGACGAGUCACCUAAAAGUGACAAGUCAACUCCAAGUUGACAAAUCCUUGCUAAAGGGUGCGCUUUUGUCAACUUGGUGUUGACUUGUCACCUUUAGGUGAUUCGCCAGAGUCCAAGUUGCGGAGAAUCCUCGCCAAGGCAAUCCAUAGCGGUGCAGACGCUAUAUCCUGGUGAUUUGAAAACGUCACAGCUUUUACAUUAUCGCAGCUCUCGCAUUUUUUUUCCUGACUUUUCUGUGCCCUUUUGUAGUAAUAUGAACUAUAAUUGGAAUGACUUUUUAUGCCUUGAUGAAAGCAAGCGGAGAAUCCUGUGGGACUACAAUUGAGAGCUGAGUCAUUUUGGUCCUCCUAAUAAUAUCACUUAG